GGUGUGUCCAAAGACGGGCAAACUCUUGUUCAUUUAUUUAUUUACUUAUUUAGUUAUUUAAUUCAUUUAUUAAUAUCAUGGUCAAAAAUUAAUCUUAAACUUUGGCUCGAAAUUUCAGCGUUAAUUUUAUUGUACAAAAUUGCUUUGGCAGCGUUCCCAAAGUCUAUAAGUAGAAAAAUGGCGUCAACGUUUUAAAAUAGUUUAAAAUGAAGAAGUCAGGGCUUUAAACUGAAGACGCAGUAGAAAACCUAAGCACACGAAAUAGCGUAAUUUUUUUAAAAGAAGGAUUCUUACAGGUAUUUAAAUACCUGUAAGAAUUCUUCGACAAAUUUCUCGAAAAUUUUAGAAAAUUAUGAACUAAGCCAUAAUAUAUUUAAUAUAUUUAUAUCAUAUAUUUAUUUCAGUUUUGUAGUAACCUAUGGACGUGUUUGAAGGUGAUACAGGACGAAUACCCGUCCAUGACAACCAAUUCACUAGACAUGACUUCAGUUGCCGAUCUGAUGGACGGUCGACUUGUUCUUACUCUUUUUUCCUUGGCUUUGGAACAAAGAUCAAUGGGAUUACAAGGUUAGUGUAGGGGUCAUAUUACGAGCAGUUUUUACCCUUAUCACUGAUCAGUUAUCAGCGGGGCAUUAUUUUGUUUUGGCUUUUUGCCAUUUAAGUGAGUGCGUUCUUCUUGUUUUGAGUGGUAAGGGAGAGGAAAAAGAGAAGUUGUUUAUUAGAGGAAAUAGGUAAGAAAUGUGUUUACCCCAAAUUUUGUUACAGAAUGAAGUACUGUUCACAUGAUUCCCUGGAAAUUUUUCGCAGGGUUUCAGAGUUCGGAGGGCUUUUCUGAAUCUUUUAGGCGAUUGCCGACUUAAAGCUGUCGAAUUAAACCAACCGUAAAUACAAUAAUAAUAUAAAACAUUGUAUAGGGCAUACACAGCAGCUCUAUGCGCUUUCCACUUUAUUAAACUUAUUCUUGAAAGCGAUAUUAAAAAAAUAUGUCUUAAGCUUUGACUUGAUUGUCACUAGACCUAAUAUAAUCAGGCAACUGAUUCCGCAGCUCAGGGGCGGAUAUGCCGAAAGCCCUAGCACCCUAGGUUCAUGUUAUAAUCAGCACGAUCCAAGUGUAGAGUAGAAGAUGAUAGAAGCAUACGCGCAGGACAAAAAGGAGUAAAGAGCUCUUUGAUGUAGGAACCGUACCGUUCAAAACUUACACACUUUGCUGCUCCAAAACUUGGUUUUUUAAUCCAUUCAUAAUUGCCCUGACCCGUGUAAACGGGGUCUGAGUUUUUUAGGACAGGUGAAAGAAAUUAGCUGUUUCAUAUCUCUCCGUUGAAAGUGACAGAAACAAAACAAAACUAAUGGAACAGAGGCCACAAAAAAGGCUUGUCAAUACAUUUACGUUAGCUCAAAUCAUGUUGGUUGGCUGAUGUUGAAAGGUCUAAUUCAUUUGUUUCAGCCUUUAGUUUGCCUGAGGGUAUUUCCAAAAUAGUAGAAGAUGCAUGGAGUAAACUAUUUGUUGCCGUGAAUUCUGAUGCCCUUGGGGCUCAAUUUUUCCCCAUAUUUUCUGAGAAUGAGGAGAGCUUUCGUCCAUCAGGUGAGAAAAAAAAGGAUAGAAUAUGGCAAAUAAACGAAACAGGUAUCUAAUGUAUAUUACAUACACCUCGCAUGGGUUUCCAGACACGUGACACGCAAAAAUGCAGUUUCCUAGCUUGCGUUGUGCCAUGACACUUUGGUAUUAUACCUUAAAAUCCUUUUCUCUGGUGUAGUACCCUCUUAACUGGAAACCAAUGCAAAAUGUAUGUUAUUUAAAGCAAAUAAAAACGAAUAAUUAGAAGAGAUACGAUAAGAUAUAUUUACUUGAAGAAAACUAAUUUUUGGUAGAGUUUCUUCAAAGUACGCCUUCUCGUAGUGAUUAUAAUCAUUAUUGCUGUUUAUAUACCAGGAAGAAGUUCAGCGUUUGACUCCAAAAUGAAGCUAAGACGUCUUCUUGAGGUUAAAAGUGUUCUUGUAGAGGAGUAUGCAGGGGAUGUUCGGACCAGAAUUAACGACCUGGCUGAGUAAGUCGGUGGAAUAUCUAGGGACACGCGCUAACAUCUUUUUUAUUAAUAUUUAUAUCAUCUUUUUAACAAUGCCAAAUUGAUCAGUAAAUUUAGUUGACAUCUUAUUUCAGCCGUGUCUUUUUCGCCAAAGCGGCAGGACAAUUUACGUUUUUGAGCAUAAUAGCCUAAAAAUCGUUAACCCAAACAAACACUCGCAUUUUUGUUUUAAAUUAAGAUGGGAGCAGCGAAACUUUGACAAAAAAACGUUUUUCGGUUUAUGGGUUAUAACCUUUGUUGCUUUUAGCUGUUAUGAGUAGGAGGUUUAAAUGUCGUUUUCUUUUCAGAUUUGAGUAAAUCACAAAGAGCCACCUUAACUAGGAGCAUCAGCGCCUCAUUUUUUCUCAGUCAAUAUUAUCUUUAUAAAACUACUGGGAUCUUAUCACAUUUAUAGACAUGAUAGAAAUGAGAUGGUGAAUUUUAAGCCUUGGGUCAAUUUAAUAAAACUUUUACAUGUGUAAUUUACUGUACAAGUGUAGCUAUUGUUCUCAGACUCUAAAACGAUGGCUACACUUGUAAAUUACACGUGUAAAAGUUUUAUUAAAUUGACCCCUGGUGAAUACAUGAGGCAGAGUUUUCAGUCAGUGACACAGGCGGGUCGAAAGAGAAAACUGGUUACUCCUAAUAGGAGUUGAACCUAUGACCUUCUAGUUACUUGUCCAGAUGCUCUACCACUGAGCUACAGGGGACUUGUGGGAACUAAGGCCAAUAAACUAGGUUCAUGUGGCAUUCGUCCUACAAACUGCUGUAACUGCAAUGUCAUAGGUUCGAUUCCUGUUGGGACUACUCAGAUGUUUUCUUCCGAGCCGCCUGUGUCACUGUCUGAAAAAAAAUCUUUCUCGUUUAUUCACCAUUCACCAUCUCAUCUUUAUCGUUGCGCAUAAGCACUUAUUGACAUUCUAAUCCUAGCAGUAUGAAGGACGUUAAUGGCACAUGAACCUAAUUUAAUGGCCUAAGCUUCACGAGUCUCCUUUAGCUUAGAGCAUCUGGAAUAGCAUCACCAGAAGGUUACACUUUCGACCCCUCUCGCACCUCACUAACUUCUCAUUUAUCUCUUAAAAGAAUUGAAGACCAGGAGGAAAUAUUUCAUAUUGGUCGGGAAUUUGAUGAGCGUUAUCAUUGGCAUACCCGAAAGCGUCUCACUGAUGACUACGACAGGACAAGAGAAGACAUAAAAGGUGAAGAGAUAAUAAGAAAAGUCCAAAGCAAACGGAUCUAAGUUGCUUACGGUUUAAGGAGGAGAGAAAUAUAUGUAAGGGAAAGAUUAAAUGUAAACCAGAACUGGAUGGGCUAAAAUAUUGCCCGAGUCGAAAUAUUUCUUAAAAUAGGGGAUGAUAAGAAAAUUAUUACUUUGCGAUGCCAUUUCACCCCCAGAGAAACCUCCAAAGAACCCGAAUAGAAGACGUCGGUACUACAACGACAAGCAGAAGUAUGUUCGAUUUCUUCGCUUUUAUGGUAAUUCCCUUGAAGGAGGUAUUGAUCGGGCAAAAGUAAUUACUGUCACAGAGAACAGCGACAAGAAAAAGAAAGGGAAAGAUAAAACAGGCAAGGUGGUAAGUAACACGGUUUCAGUUUAGGAAAAGAGUUCAUCAUGAUGAUGUUUACUUUAUGCAGAUACAGCGAGAACGUGAAAGAACUCGGAAACAGAGGACUAAACGCGACUUCCCGCGUUCAAUUUGCUGCUCUGCCAUUAUAAUGGUCAAGUCGGUUGCGCCGUCACGGUCGUCACUGUUAAUACGUUCUUUUUGCCAAAUCUGUUUUAUAACUGGACACAAAGUAGGCAUGCAAUCGAUGAACACCAUUACCAUUCUCAUUACAAUUCCGAACGUCAUUGAUCAUUGUCAUUAUCGUUCAAGUCAUUCUCAUCCCAAUCACCACUAUCACAUCACUAAAAAAACGUUUUUUUACCUCAAAUUAGGACUAAUUUAACAGCUAAGUCACGUCAACCAACAGACGUACUGAGAAGAUUGACUAUUGCGGUGGAACUAAGUCAUUAACUUUUUUACCCUCGAAUCUAAUGCUUGAUAAGUUCACUGAAAAUCUGAGUAUAAUUCUGUUACAUGUACUCAUUUACUUCAAUCUUUUACAGAGCAAAACGCAAUUACAGUUAAUAGAGAAAAACAAACAGAGGCGUAAAGGUAAUUAAAUAACAGCAACUUAAUUAAUAUGCGUCUGAGCGGUUUACAAAGUGAAAUUAACAUAUAAAACAAUGGUAUCUUUACAAUUCGCACAAAAUUAUAUGAAUUGAAUUAACCUUAUAUGAUUGUCACCACCCGCAAAUACCACAGGCUAAUCGCGGCGGGCAGUGACAACAAUUUAUAAAAAGCUUAGAAAUAGUUAUAAGUAAAAGUGUCUAAAUAAAUAAAUAAAUAAAUAAAAUUCAAGAAUAAUUAACUAGUUGAAUGAAGCACACACCAAUUUACUGGCUUAAUUACGGAUAGUUAUUUAAACAGGAAGACAUUAUUGUAGACCGCGCGUUCUUUGAAGAAGAGUUGCUCUAUCGAUAUAAUUAUCCUCAGCGGCGAGGAUUUUCAGAACUGCAUUAUGGAUUUUUUCCUUGAAUUGCUUUCGAGAGAGUUUACGAGUAGAGGUACUUAGAGAAUUCCAAACUAAGGUAACAAAACUAGCAACAGAAUUCGGGUUACUGUUUAAUGUAGAACUGAGGUUUAACAUAGAAAUUUCCAGCAGAAGCUGACCUCGUGUUAUAUGAAUGUAUUUGUCUGGAACAAGUGAAUACGCGGCGAAGGUUUUCCGCUGUAUUAUCGUUCGAAACAUCAUGCAUGAGGACGGAGACUGUUUUAAAGUAGAGUAGCUUUAAUUUAUCGGUAGAAUAUUAGAUGUAACACAAAAAAAGGAAGUGAAUGAUCCCUAUACUGUACGGGAAGGAAUGGAUAAGGCGUAUGACACGGUUUCUACAGCAAUAAAAUCUUGUGUAAAUUUGUUUUAUAGCCUCACCCCAGCAGGGUAUAAGGCCAUAAGACAAAUGCGGGAAGAGUAAAGAUCCUUAAGGUUGAGUAGAGUACUCUGGGGACAAACGGCCUCGGUUUCGCAAUGACGCCAACGGCUUUACUGAUUUUAGUAGACACUAGUCAAUACGAGGUUUCCAUGUGAGGUGACUUUCAAUCAAUACUCCAAUAUCUCUCAUAUUCUUUCUGUUCUAGAUAAGUGGAAGAAGGUUUGUGACAAGUGCAAUUUUUUAAGUGAUUGUCAAUUGGCAUUUCUUUAAAAGGGUGUGGUUUAGAGAGGGCGAAUAGAUAUAUCCAGAAUGAUCAACAUUACUGAUAUCGCGCCUCUAUCAACCACUGCAUUAUAACAAAUUGAUACACUCUGGGAUCCAAUCGCGCAUAUAUAACUGCUGCACUAUAUAUUGCAGUCAACAUUUCCUCACAGAUGAUGUCGUUGAGAGUGAGAAAUAAAUUCCACACGUGGGUUUAUUUUGUGUCAAUAUCAUAGUUUCUUUCUCAAUGCAAUUUUCAAUUAUUUCUGCGAUUAUUUUUGUUUGCUCUCUUUUAAACACGUUUUCUUUCCAUAAACUUUCUCUGAUUUAACAGACGAGGAAAUGAAGAAGGAGCAAGACAAAUGGUGUAACACCUUUAAAAACAUUGAGCCACUUUUGAAUAAACCAGACUACGAAAAUGCGUUGGAGCUGAUGAAUGAAUUUUUGAAAAACACCUCAUUCCCACAAGUUCGUUUACCAGCUUUGAUGGUUAAAGCGAAAUGUUGCUUCCGUGCUUGGCGACAAAAACGUAAGUUAUUCAAAGUUGGUCGACUAAGUAGAAGUGAUUUCAAAAUUUAAUUUCCAGUGAACUUCAGUAUCGUCUUGUGAGUGACAUUAUCUUUUUAAAAUUAGAAUUUGCAACAGGGUAUUCCUCGUAAACGAACGCCGUGAAUUUUCUAUAAUAUACGGAUUGUUUUAAACGUCGGAAGAGUUGACGAUAAAUCGCUACGACACGACGCGAGUACAGGUCGCAGCCAUGACUCGUUUCUGCUGUACGAAAGACUUAACGCUGCUAACCUGUUGCAGCGACUUGUCGCUUAGUUCGGUAUCGCCGUAUGCUGACCUUUAACAUCAGUUGUUUCAAUACCCUGUUUUGCUUCGUUGACUUAACAAAAGUGAAGAAUUUUUUAAUAUAUCUGGUUAUUUUUCCACUGCAUCAUGCAUCUACUGUUGCGAUGGAACUGGGGCAAUAGGCCAUCAACACAACAGCGCGAUUAGUAACAUAUGAGACCUUACUUUUAUAUAUUGACAAGAGAGCUCUUGAUUUUAAGCCGCUUGAAAGCUGUAAAAAGACUAGCCUUCCUUAUAAUAUAAGGUUUAAAAACUCCGGCCUUUCCCAUUUUCUGCUAUUGUGUCUCAAGAUGGAGAAUUCUAUCUCCCAAAACUUGAAAUGUUUCCUUCAAUUAUCAAUGGGUUUUUGGUAACAAAAAAACUUACCCCUAUGGCCCUAUGGCCUAUUACCCCUAUGAGCGCCAUGGGCAGCGACAGAACUAUCAUUAUUAUGAAAGAUGACUCUGAAUACGUUCCAGGAUUUGGCGAACCCAGCACAGAUGACAUGAAGUAUCCAGUGCUUCUUAUGGAUGUUGCCCAGAAAAUAGUGAAAGAAGAAGAAAAAGAAGGAAAGGGAAGUCUUCUUACGGAAAAGCAGAAGAAGAAACUUUCUAGAUACAUUCAGAAACUAGGAUUUGAAAACAUCGCUGCGACGUUUCAUGAUUCAAAUGCAGGCAGCAGAGAACAGGUAGUCAAUUUCGAUUGGGUAGUUUCUCUUAUUUUAUAUGUUAUAACCUUUAUUAUUCAUUCAAUUCUAAUUGGCUCCAAUACCCCUUCAAAUUCUUCAUAACCAACUGGCGCUUACCAUAUUUGGAAGAUGCGAGAAAUAUACCAUUGAUUCGAUGGUAUAAAUUAUGUUAUUAAAAACGGAAUCGUUGGAUAAUGCAAUUCUAGAGCUCUGAUUGGCUUAGCCAUCGUGGUAUAUGAGCCAUUAUACCAUGCUCUCCAAAUAUGUUAACUUUACGCGUCUACCCAUAAGUUAAAAACAAGCUGAAAAUCUGCUGUGUUUUUACAAGUAAAGUCGCGAAGAAUUCUCGAUAUUUUGAUGGCGUUUUUAAUAACACAAUUGGUAAUGGAUUAAACAAACAAUUAUUCCACUAGCGCUAUCUCAUAUCCAACGCGCACUCGUGGAAUAGUUGUUAAAUAUACUAUCUAUCAACCUCGUUUCCAGGCGUGGCAGCCUAGCUGUUUAUUCCUGAGUGAACUGAAAAAGAAAAUGGCGUCCACAGCUAUCGGAAGACGAAAUAGCUGAGUUUCUAACUAACUGAACGGGAGAAAUGCAAGAAUACGCAAAAUGUUAUCUGCAUUUUGAGAAAGGGAAAACUUCAUCUGCUUACAUCCCGAAACCAUGCCGAGAAAUAGGCGAAAGUUUUGAGGAAAGUCUACGAGAAGGCAAGCUUGUUAAGAACUUAGAAAUAUUUUGAAUGAGAACUAAAACAAUUACUGAAUUCGGCUUUGGUAUGAUGUAUUUAAACACGAGAAUAAUAUAAUGAAUAGACGAAGGUAAAAGUAUUGGUAAUUAGUCAAAGGAGGUACAGUAUUCCCCACUUUAGAGACUAGAAGGAAGUUUGGCUGGCUGAACUUUCGCAAAGUAUUUUGAGACUGACUGGACUGACUUACUGGCGACAGGGAAAAAAUAGCCAAUAGCUGACAGCCGCCUCCUCAUUUACAACCCCAGAGGUCCCUGCGAUAGUUAACUCGGCCAAGUUUCCUUCUCAGAUAAGAUAUUACUUUUUAUUAUAUAAACACCAAUGAACUACCAGGUGAGCUUUCGCGCGAAAACAUGAUAUCUUCACACGUGAAAAUAACAUGUUAUUUUCACAUGUGAAAAUAUCACGGUUGCUAUGGCUACAUAAUAAAUCGCGCCUUUCGCAGGAAAAAACUGUUUCAGUGAAAUGGUUUGGUAUUUCAUUGGUGUUUAUAUAAUAAAUAGAACAUUACAUGGCCGCUUGGAGAUACGAAAUUUCUCUUCUCGUGUUGAAAAUAUUUCACUCGUUCGCUGCUCUCACUCGUAAAAUAUUUUUCAACACUCGAAGAGAAAUUUCGUAUCUCCGCGCGGCCAUGUAAUAUCCUCUAGUUAUUAAAUUUUCAACCUCGUAUAAUGCAUUUCUAGCAUUCUGAUUGGCUCAAUCAGUCUCGGUUAUCAGCUCAAAUACCUUAGUUUGACCUUAUAUGGAAAACAAAACACAAAGCGGCGGAAAAAAGUAGAUUUCGCGAGCUUUCUACCGACGAAACAACAGGAAAAAAACAAAAUGCAAUACCGACAGCGACAAAAAAGCCACAAACUUUGGGCUGAAAUUAUUUAAUUGUACUCCGAAGUUUCGUUACAAAUUUAAGGAGAUUAUAAGCUUAACUUUUCCGUACGUCGAACUGAUUAUGUAACAACAACAGUUUUCAGAAUGGCUUACAAGCCCUUGCAGGAGUAAGCUUUCUAAACCAUUAGCAGACUUUUUUUGCGUGUUUGAUGAGCAUUUACACACCUCUUAAAACUUUCCCAAGUCCAUAACGGAACAUAAGGGGCCUCAAGUGAAUCCUACAACGAGCGGCUUUUUAUUGAACAACAACAACAAGCCCGAACCCUACGACGAUUUCUUUGCCGAAAAGCGCUCAGGAAGAAACGUCGCCUGUUUAAUUUUUGUGCUGUUGCAAAGUACUAAUAAAAAAGCGAGGUACGUAAGCACUUCUUGUAGGAUGAAAACCCUUUGACUUAAAAGUAGCUAAAGGAUGAAUACGAAACUACAAAAAAUUAUUAUUAUUAUUAUUUGUAUUAUCAUUAAAAAGUGUUUUUCAUUUUAACAGAAUGGUCAGUUCUCGGUGCGUCAGACAAGCGCGCGAUUUCAGCUGGAACACAUGGGACACUUACUGCAACGGGAAGAGCGCAACGAUCCCGACCCGCGUGUGGAACACUUUAUUCCAGACACUUGGCAGGUUUGUAAAUUAAAACUGGUCACUACAAUGAUGGUGCAAGCUCAUUUGGUUCCUCUCUUUUCUCCGAUGGCUUUGGAGGCGAAUUUAAGUAUUUAGUGGUAUAUGAAAAUGGUCAGCGACGUACUUUAGUCGCCUUGAAUAGGACGAAAGAAUUACAAAAUUUGUUAUCUAAACAGAGAAAUAUAUUAGCUGUAGAGAAAUAUCAAAUCCAAUGGACAGAAUGAACUGGAGCUGAGCUAGAGGGUACAUGCUAUUUGUGUUGUGUUCUAUAAGUAAUUAGGUUGUAUAUUUUAGGACAUUUGGCGGAGAAAUAUAGAAUCUAAUUGGCAGUAUAACAGACGUCAGCUAAACUUCUGGGAUGGAAAUGAACCCAAUAAAAUUCUUUUGUAAGAACACUGUAAAGCAACCAGCAUCUCCAUACGUACACAAGAAAGAAUAUCUUGAGGUUUCGCGCACUUCCAACCUGCUAGGAAUUAUAACAAAACUAAAUUGUGGGGAUCUCAGGUGAACCUACAGUAGAAUCCCGAUUUUUUGAACCACCGUGGGAAAAGCAAAUUGUUUUAUCUGGAGGUUUAGAAAAGGGCGUAAAGUUACAGUGUUUUACUGGUGAAGGGAAGUUAAGUUUGGUUCGAAUUAUCAGGAAUUUCAAAAAGCCGAGGGUCCGAGAAAUUGGGAUCUACUCUAUUCUUACUCGAUCCGUUAUCCUCUUUGCAGCGUAAGCUACUAGAUGCUGUGGAUAAUAACGAGUCAGCAGUUAUAGUCGCACCGACGUCAUCAGGGAAAACAUACGCCUCGUAUUACUGCAUGGAAAAAGUGUUGAGAGAGAGCAACAAUGGAGUUGUGGUUUAUGUUUCACCCACCAAGGUAAUAUACCAGGGGAAGCCUCCCUGUAGUAUACCUUCAUUAACAAUAUUUGAGAAGCUUUCAUGAAAGUUGCUUGUGAGAAGCUUUCAAUGAUAACGCAAGAGUGCCGUUAACUCGACGAAUUUAGUAAGAAGCCCUCGAGAAUUUCCCUUGUUGACUUGUAAGCCUUUAAAACUCUGAAGUUGUCUAGAGUCUUCGAAAAUUAAUCCACAGUAAAUUUUGAAGAUUUUAAAAAAGGGGAGAAGUAUUCCGAAGGUUUCUGAAGUUUUCCGCGCUGGUGGUUCCCAACGAUUUCUAGAAAGGACGGUUAUCAAAUUUUUAGUUCUUAUUAGGAAACAUUGUAGUAACACGGGAUUCAGGUUACCUGGUAUCUGUUAAUUAGAAGGAAAAUGUACGAUUAAAGCGUAAAUGUAUAUAAAUUAAUAAAUUAAAUGACCUCUCUCCGUACAAUUUUUGGUCAAAGGCUCCCUCUUUUGGUUAAAGGCCUCCUCUGGAAGUUCUUGCUUAAUACACAUUAGUCACCAAAUGCAAUGAUCUUUUUUACAAAGAAAAUUUCUACAUUAUUUUAUUUUUUGCGGAGAUUAUUUAACACUUUUAUAGGGCGGCCACUCGAACCAGAGCACUUGGAAGACGAGUAUUCAAUGACAAUCAUUUAUGUUUCUUGAACACAAAAGAAUUGCACGAUUUUGCAAACGGACUAAUAACGUUAAAAUAUUUCAACAAUGCGACCGUCCAAACUAUUAAAACAGUCACAUUGUUUAAAUGCUUAAAUGUUAUUGGUCCGUUUGUAAAGAACGUAAGAUCUCUUGUGAAUCUUGAGAAUCUCUGUCGUAAUUGGAUACUCUUCUUCCCCCAGUUCGAGACGCUGCACUUUAAAUAAAGUUUAAAACUUUUGGCAUCUGAUUCACUUCGAUGAGAUAAUCGUUGAUUAUUAUAAUCAUUAUGAUAACUUAAGAUUUACAUCAGUAGUGAUAACCCCAAUACAAGAAUUUGAUCAAGAAUUUAAUGUUCUCUUGGUAGGCUUUGGUGAAUCAAGUUACGGCAACGAUUUACGCCCGUUUUCACCGUAAACAACUUCCAGAGGGAAGAGCAGUUUACGGCGUAUUCACCAGAGAUUAUCGUCACGAUGCUUUGAACUCGCAGGUAGAUUUAUUGUGUUAAUAGACCAUUUCCGGGUUGCCUGAAGCCUCUGUUUUAAAUCGAGGCUAAGUGCAAACCCAUUGUCUUGAAAAUUGUUUUUUUUAUUCUCAUGCAAAUAAUACUCAUUUUCAAAAGAAAAGUUUUGCAAUUAGCCUUGUUUUGAAGGUGAGAGUUUUUGGAACUCAGAAAUGGCCUAUUACCUUGAACAUUGUAAGCAACAUUUUAUUUAUCUAUCUAUUUAUUUAUUGAAUGAUUAAUUGUUGAUUGAUGUAUAAGCAAUAUUUAUACUGGCAGAUCCAGGUCAGCUAAUGCUGGUAUAACCGGAGGCCUGUAUAACUAUUUUAAAAUCCAUAUAUACUUGACUAAUUCAGAUUUAACAUUUGCCUAGUUUUGUUUGCUAUACAGUGGAACCUGUAAUCUGGGGACACCCUCGGGACCAUGUCAAAUGUCCCCUGAAUAGGGGUUGGGCUUGGAUUCGUCAAAAAUGAACAAACAAGUAAAAUAUAUUUUUUUAUUCCUGCCUCGGAAAUUGCUUCAGUCGUUUUUUCAAGGAGCUAGAUAAUGUAUCAACAUUCAUGACUAAUUUGCCUCCGCGAUACCGGCUGUUAAAUUCUUACACGUGCAGUACAGUGACUUGAGUGAUAUAGUUCAUGUCAUGAAAUCUGUCAUCAUUGUGACUGGCUAGUGAAGACUUAAAUAUAUUAACCCCUUUUUUGGUAAGGCGCGUUUUGAGUGCUAAGGUGUCCAUUGAAUGGAGGUUAAUUAACCCUGGUUUCGGGGCCCAGAAAUAGUGUCCCUUUCCCCUGAAGAGAGUUACCACUUCAAAAGGGUUAACAAAUACAAAGAUUAUGCGCACAUUUUCUGGGACUAAAUUUACAUGCACAUGUAAAAUUCAAUUCUAACAUGUAAAUAUCACGUAAAUCAACUACAGAUCACUGUAAAUGACACUUCCCUGGAAAAUUACCCUUUUACAGGAUCUUAAAUUAAAGUAACUGCAAAAAAGGUGUAAAUAUUAGGAGCAGAACAUUUAAAGAAUGGAGACAAUCCUGUAAAAUGUAAAGGUUUUAAAGGCAAGAUCAUGUAAAUAUACUGUGAAUAUAUUGUCAAAAAAUACUGUAACAAACAAGUAAAUUAAACAGGAUAGUUUACUGCGACAUUGUAAUUAUUAUGUAAAAACCGUGUAAAUCGAAAAGGGAUGGAAUCAUUCAACAUUGUAAAAAUUCCGAAAAUCAAAAAAGGGAGACUGAUUUGAUCCUGUAAAAACCUUGUAAAUCGAAGAAGAGAGACUGAUUUGACCCUGUAAAAACCUUGUAAAUCGAAAACGAGUGACCGAUUUGACCUUUUAAUAACAUUGUAAAUCGAAAAAGGGAGACUGAUUUACCCUGUAAAAACCUUGUAAAUCGAAAAAGAGAGACUGAUUUGACCCUGUAAAAACCUUGUAAAUCGAACCAUGGAGAUUGAUUUGACCCUGUAAUAACAUUGUAAAUCGAAAAGGGGAGACUGAUUUGACCCUAUAAAAACCUUGUGCCCAAAAGGAGAGGUUCCACCGUAUAAGACUUCUACUCAGUGGAACCUAAAGCCUAGUCGGAACCAGAUGUAAAAUACUCACAUAAAACUAGUUAGUAGUCUGAGUAGUUAGUACUGUUAAUCAUCCACCCAGCGCGAACGACUAUGAAAUGCAAGGUCCGUCAUGGUCCAUGAAAUCGCGGAACAAAUUUUGGCCUGACAAUAGUAAAUAUUCGUUGAUUUGUAACUGAGUUAUGGUUGAAUAACUCAUUGUUUUUCUCGGCAGAUUCUUGUGACAGUUCCACAGUGUCUGGAGAUUCUAUUUCUUUCACCUCGGAGGCAAGAUUGGACAAAGAACGUCAAAUACGUGAUAUUUGAUGAGGUUAAUAAUAAGAUCUCAAUUUUUCUACAUCAGAGUAUAGAUUUUUUUUCAGAACACGACUUUUACUUAUCUAAGGAAAGUUAAAACUUAGUUAGCUGAAAUCUCAUUAAUUAAAAUAAGUUACAUAUUUAAGUAACGAUCAGUGCUUGUGGUAUGUCUUUCAAAUAAAAGACGAUAAACCAGCCGAGGAACAUGCCAUUUGUAAAACUGAGUUAGAAAUUGCUGGCUGAUAGGCGCUUAAGACGGGGCAGUAAACUAAUAAACAACUUACCUUUUGCAGGUUCACUGCCUGGGUGAGGAGAUAGGAGCCGAAGUCUGGGAACACCUCCUUCUUUUGAUUCGUUGUCCCUUUUUGGCGCUUUCAGCUACCAUUGGAAAUCCAAAUCAUCUUCGAGAGUAAGAUCUAUACAGAUCUAUUCACCUUUCAAAGCUUUGAGCGGAACAGGUUGUUUAUAGAAUAGUGGAAUGUGAAUUUAGAAAGUUAUUUGAAUGAAUGAGGUUACCAGUUGUAUUUGUUUCUUCUUGCAGCUGGUUGCAAGCUGCCCAAAAUUUUCGUGAGCAACAAGACAAACAAGAGGGUGACAACUUGAGGGAAUCAUAUCGUGUCAAUUUGGGUAAGUUUAUAAUCGGCAAAUACGUAAAUACCAUAAUUAUUUCUCCAAUUACUUCUUGAUGAUCGCAUUCUUUUAUCCUCAGUUAUCAAAUAUGGACAAUGAUAAUGUAUAAUUGGGGUCGGUACAUGCAAAGUUUGCAAAUCAGCAAUAUCUCCCUUUUUUCUUUGAUACUCUGGCUUCACAAACCUUUAGUACAAGAGAGACGUUGCGAUUUCGAUUCUCUACGGGAUCCUAACUUAUGGUCUUAACAUAAACUAAAAGUGAAAGUACUCUGUUGCUCUGCAAAUCUGGUAAACCAUAUAGAAUGUCAAUUGGUAUUUUGGGCUAAACACAUUCACAUAUUAGUGAGGUAUUUUUAUUGCUUGCCAGAGUGGUGGGGAGAACAGACAGAUCGCCGCAUGUAAGGGAAUCCGAGACAAUCUUUGAUUCUGGAUUCCAGUCACUAGGUUCCAGAUUCUUGUCUUUGGAACUUGGAUUCCGGAUUCCAGUCGUUGAUUCCGGAUUCCUUAAGCUGCAUUCCGGAUUCCAGAGCCCAGGAUUCCAGAUUUCAAAAGCAAAAAUUCCUCUCAUUCCGGAAUCCAAAUUCGCUUUCAUGGGGCGAGACAGAGUUUUUUUUUCUCGUGUGUCUCUUCCUUACUCAGAUAAAUUGGUGUCCCUUAAGUCCAACCUCUCCCUUCUUUAUUACUAUCGCUAUUCUUUUAGUUCAGGCAUUUUAUCGCGAAAAGUCGGUCAACCUGCCACUAAUUGCAAAAGAAGGUUUUUUAACGGUUUUUUGUCCAGGAAUAUGUCCUCUAUUACAUAUCAAAAGUCCCCGAAAAUCCGAGUAGGGGAAGUUGACGAAAAACGAGUUUUUUAAUUGCCCUAUAUAGACUAAUACUGCGCAGCAUGGAAACGACGUUGUAUGUACUGCCUGUUGUGUUGCUCGAGUUUGAAGCCCCGUACAGCAUGGGCUAGUAAAGACUGAGAGAAUUUAUUGUGUUUUCUUCCUAAGUGCAUUUAUGUAACGAUUAAAUAAAACAACUGUUCUGUAUAAGAUUCUUAAAUCAGAAAAAUCCACGAUUGUUAGCCAUCUAUAGGUGAAGUAUUUAGCGACGAAUUAUGUCUUCCGCAAGCGAAUUUAAAACUUUAAAAGGAUAAUUUUAAACUGAACGUAAAAGUAAUAUCUUGUUUGAAGGUAAUAUAAUUCAAGAAAAAUAUAUUUGACUUGAAUGUUUCGAGUAGAGACUUCCAAAAUGAACUGAUCAUUCACCUCGGUGAAAAAACCUGUACUUCACUCAUCUCUUCGGGCUUACUUUUUCCGGGAGUCACAAAACUUAGUUUGUUAGUAAAUUCAUCUAUCUUUUUUCUUCAAAAUUUUAAGAAAAAAGACUAGGAAUCGUAUCAAGAUUUAUGAAACUGGAGACCAUUUUUGUUAAAGCUGAAGGAAAUGUUUUCACUGCCUUAUGAACGAAUAAAUAAAGCGCGCGCCCUGCAAUGCCAAAGUUCCGGUUCAAGUUGAAAAUUACAAAGUCAAUGGGAAUUCCAAUACACACAUUCGCGUUUCGAUUUUAAAAAGAAUAUUACGGGAUUGAAGGUAUCCUAAGGCCCGGUUCAGACGCCGCUCCACUCAUGUGCCGAACCUAACUGAGGUAUUAAGUACGGCAAAAGAGCUGCGUCUGAAUCAGUUUGGUACGGCAGUUUUAAUUUGGUGCGGCAAAAACGUUAAGUUCGAAGGGGUCUGUCGCAUUAUUCGACAUUGGAGCGGCAGGUGAUUCAUACGGCGUUCUUCUCAUGUGCCGGAUCAAAUGCAUACAUUAUGAUAUCGGACCCAGGCCUUUUUCUUUCUCUCUACAUGAAAUAAAGAUUAGGUUCGACACAAGGUGCGCCGUCUGAAAGCUGUCUGAAUCAGAUGUCGCGCCAAUGUCGCUCCAAAGUCGAACCAAACUCAGUUAGGUUCGGCACAUGAGUGGAGCGGCGUCUGAACCGGGCCUAACUAUACCGAAAAGAACGUUUUUCUUAUGACUCAACCAGUCUCAAAUUACGCGGGUAGACACAAUACCUGAUACAAUACAAACUUUAAUUGACACUCCCUAAAGAUCCCCAAAGAGAGGACUUUUCAGUGAGAAUGAUUAUCACUAAAGUUGAAACGAGAGUACGGUAAAUCUAAAAAUUACAAAAUUACAAUAAUAAAAUGUUUUAUAGAAAAAAUUAAGAAAGCUAAAAAGUAAAUAAAUAUUCACCUCAAUUACAACUGCAAAAGAAACUUUAGAAAAUACAAUGAAAUAGAUAUGAUACAAACUAAGACCGAUAAGAUAGGAAAGCAGCAAAUAAUUCGACUCUAAGUUUACGCUUUAAAUUACGAGCAGGGGUUACAGAGUUUGAGGAAAUUAUCUAAACUGUUCCACAGACUUACUAUACGGUAAAAGAAUGUCCUUUGUCCGGAUUUACGGUUUCAAAUAGGGGUAUAUACAGAAGUUGGGAGCUUCUGGUCGUGCGACCACUUACUUCACCACGUGUUAGAAACGUCGAUGAGAGGUAAGUAGGAGCGGAGCCAGUCAUACUUAAAAGCAAGCACGGCGUCACGGAGAUAUAGCGGAGAUUUAAUAGGUAGCUAAUGCAGUUCUUUCAGAAGCGGCGUAACGUUGUCAAAUUUUCUGGAAACACAGAUAAUCCGGGCUGCAAAAUUCUGGACCGCUUGGACUGAGCUUGAGAAGGUUUAAGUGUCCGCUGCAUUGGACCAGACGGAAGAGCAAUAAAACAACUUACUAAACACUAAGGUGUUAAUUGUUGUGGUUAAAGUCGAUCUGUCAAACACGUGCUUAACACGACUAGUUUGAGCUAAACUUGAGAAGCAAGAAGAAACUGUUUUAACAAUAUGCUUGUGAAGUAAGGCUCGAGAUCAAGUAUUUUCUGUUGCAAAGGACUUCCCGCCCGCCUGCCCCAGAAUCGCUUCUUUAGUUAAUCAGAUGCAACUAUUAGUCUGACUGUAGGCUAGCAGUAUAAGGUGCAUUUGUCGCAGAAUGCUGAAUGGUAUACAGUGUUCCCCGGCCUGUAAAGGGUCUUCGUGCACAAGUUUUUAGAUCACUGUAGACUACGAAAGUUAAGAUUCGGAAGACUGGCGUAUUUAAAAAUUAAUUUUGUAAGAGGCACAUGUAGAAUUGAAUUAAAGAGGGGUUUUCUUUACAUAGGACUUUUUUGUCGCGAGUCUUAUGCAAUUUUGUCUCGUAAUGUUUCAGCAAAAUCAGAUCUCACUGCUGGGGAGUACAUAGAUUCUAAUUUUUGCGAACUUCUUUCACGAUUAAAGCCUUAAAAUAAUUUUUCUUAAGAAAAUAUUCUUAGUUUUGGCGAAAUGGCUCGAUUUAUAUCAAUAACAAAAGCUAAACAGCAACUUCCGGUUGACAGCCUCGUUUUCAUGCUAUGGGAAAAAGGGACUCAUGUUAAGAGUCCUGUUUGGAGGUGUUCCCAUGCUUGGAUCUUUGGGGACUUUUAGUAUGUUCAUGUAUGGGAUAUUUCUAACUGGUCAAUGAUGAGAAAGCUUCUUUUGCAAUUAGUUACAGGUCCGACGACAAAAUGCCUGGACUAUUUUAUCUAAAGGUGCAUUCAACCCCCAACUAAGAAUCGUACAACCGAAUUGCUUACUCUAGGUGAGUAUUUUCCUACCACCACUAUACUUAUCCUUGGUUUUUGUCACUGCUCUCCACAUUUUUUUUUCUGCACUUCCGACGCGUCGAGUAGUCACAUGCGAGGAAAGGUAUUCAGAUCUGGAGAAGAGUAUUUACCUACCAAGUCCCAGUAAUGGUGGCUUUUCAAAACGAACAAGGAAAUACGAGAAAGAGUAUGACGUUCAGAGUACAGACGAAUUUGUCAGACUUCAUCCGUGCGCUCAACUUGUAACGAAACAGGUUUGUCUUACACCUAUUGCAUUGGUUUACCGAUUUAGCUUGCUCACUUGGGAAAGUUUGAAAAAAAUCUUGUGGAAUCCUCAACCGCACAAAAAUAACCUUUCCAUAUAAUUGAUGCAUUGAAGCCUUUCCAAAUCCAGGGUUCCUACAGGUCAUGGAAAACCUGGAAAGUCAUAAAAUUUAACAAUUUCAUUUCCCAGGCCGGGAAAGUCGUAGAAUUUAAUUGUUGGUCCUGUAAAGUCAUGGAAAUUUUAAGAAAAAUAGGUGGACACCUGAAGUUGUUUUGAACUGCGUUAGUUCAAAAAUUCCCUAAAACAGAGAAAGUUUUGACAAUUUUCUAGCGUAAAAAGCUGAAAUAAGGUCAUGAAAAACUUGAAAAGAUCAUGGAAAAAGUCCGGGAAAGUCAUAGUGGAAUUUUAAGAGCUCAAGAGUACGAGCCCCGGAAAUCCAAUACCAGACAGCAAAACUACUCACUUAGAGACCCUGUCAACUGAUUUCUAGCAGUCUAGUGUAAUUAAACCUUUACGAAGAAAAUGGUUCGGUGUUCAGUGAAAUAUGAAUCAAGUGGACACUCACUAUCAAAGAUUUAUGGGAAGAAAAGUUUGCUUCUUACUGGUGUGUGUGCUCUCUUGAAGCAAACGGUGUCCGAUCCAUGUGGGGUCUGUUUAAUACAUGUAGUUUUUUUUUAAGUGUUCCCUCUCUCCUUCUACAGCUAAAAGAAAAUGGUUUUCCAGGUGAUAUGGCUCUCACGCCUAAAGAAUCUCUUCAGUUGUAUAACACCAUGGUUGAGAAAUGGUGUGGCAAAGAAUCAUUGCAGGUUAGCCGAUAAUGUGUUCGUUCGUAAGCGGACGAAGAAAUUUCAGUAUAUCAUAAUAUUGCAUAAAACCUGUUUCCAACUCUCAAUAAGGAUACGUUUUUUUUCGAUCAGUGCAGGGCUUGAUGUUGUGGUGAGAAAACACGUUUUAGCCCAGUUCUGUCCUCUUUUCUUUCACACAACCUAUGCUUAGAGAGAAAGAUACGUUUGAGAACUGUACUUGAACCGUUGACAAACAUCCUUAGCCUAACGCGCUAACAAAUGAACGGGAAACUCCCUUCUUGUUCCAAGCCGUAAAUUUCCGAAAUCCAACAUACAUUCUUCUUGGCUUACAGAUGACUGAUAAGUAGUUUUCACCUUAAUUAUUACUCAGGACUCUUUUCAAUAAAUUCCGGAAUAUCAACGUAUAGAAAUAUUUUCACUCUAUAUUGGAUGAGGCCUUACAACAAUGAGCUAAGAAUGCAACUAUUUUUAUAACAGAAACUUUCUCCGGAGCAAUAUUUCUUGGAACAGUCUUUCAUUACCAAAAGCAAUGCAAGGCAGUAUGAGAGGGAGCUGAAAAAGGAGUUAAAAUCAUGGGCUGAUGAUAACCAAAUGGAAAAGGUAAAACAUCAAAUACACGGGAAUAAUGAUCAAGAAAUUUCUGGAUGUGAAAACACAGGCGUGGGAAUGAAACUACUGAAAUUGAGCUUGGUUUCACUGAAGUUAGAUAGGAUUUAACCAUACGUUCAGUUAAUAAAAUUUCCAAUAACUGAUUGACAAUUGCUGGAUAAGAGUUGAACGUGAAAAUUCUGUUAAGACCAUUCAGUGAAUGCAGAUGUCACCUUAUGGGAAAACUGAGAAACACCAUGUGCUAACGCGCAAUUUGUCCUUUGGAUAAUGUGCGUGCACCUGUUUAAUUAGGGUACUUCUGAUCAUUUUAAUGCCUACAUAUUAACGCGUCUCUACUUGAUAGAGUAGAAUCUUUAUCCAUUCGCCUCGUACGGGAGAUGCAUGUUUACCAACAUGACAAGCUUUUUUCCGUUUAGGUUGAGGCAGUAAUUCAGGCAUUGAACGACACUUUUGUGAAGAGAAAGGCCUUGAUUGACAAAGAGUGGAUGGAACUGGGAAUGCCUUCAUCUGGGAAAGAAUUUAACAUAAAAAACUUUCCAAAGCUCAUCGAGCAACUGAAAGCACAAGGAAAACUUCCAGCCUUAGUGUUCAGGUACACUUUUGCCUUUAUAGACAAAAGGGUCUUCAUAAGCAAACCUGAUCAAGAGUACCAGUGAGUCGUUUUCAACAACUUACAGGAAUUCCGUUUUCAAAAUAUAUGGGUGAACGCUUAACCUGGUUUUAUUGUGAGUUGAUAUGUGUUCGUGUAUGACAUAAAAGGGCAUUUUUUGUGUCUUGAUCCUAAUGACUCUAUGAACUAACCUAUACCACUGAGUAAAAAGUAGAUAUGGUAGAUUUUGACUGUCAAAGUUUUUCAUAAACCGAAUGGAAUAAAGGGGACUGAUAAGGGGGGCAAAUACCCCGCUGUAGCCAAGGGGGAUUGGGGCAACUGGAAUUGACUGAUGCAUAACUUAAAAGAAUAUCCAAGACGAGCCGCUUCUGUGAAUGCAAUGCUAAGUAAAACAAGGCAAGACGUAUGUCGAAAAGGCAAGGAUAUUGCGAAAAAGGACUGCAACGCAAGGGAACGUAAAACAGAAUGAAGCAGGCUUUUAUUACUAUUAUUACCUUUUUCAUGAUUAACGUAAUUUACGUAUGGUGUUCCCGGUUUUGUCAUUUUACAGCUUUGAUCGCAUGGAAUGCGAAAGAAUGGCCUUUGGACUUGCCGGCGAGUUCUUAAGAAGAGAAAGGCAGAUUAGAGAGCAAGACAACCCAAAAAAUGCAAAACUAGCAAGGGAACUAAAGCAACAUAAACAAGCUCAAAAGUUAUUGAAAAGGAAAAGGGAUGCUAUUGAGAAAAUUAAGGAGGGCAGGUAAAACAUUGAAACUCACAUUUCGAUAUAAUUCAGUUGUUUUUCUUGUUUAAAAUUUACCUAUCUUCUCCGUAUAGAUCGAUCUGUAUGAGAUUUGAGUUUUUUCCUUUCCCCUUUUACUAAAACGGCUUUGAAUUUUAUGUUCAUGACAGAUACCACUCACUCUUGGAGCAAGUAGCAGUUCCAGAAGUGAGGAAAAAGGAUUAUGCAAAUCUAAAUCGCCCUCUACCGCAAUGCACGCUUGCAUUUACUCAUGGAAUUGGAAAUGAGGUAAUAAACAGCAGCAGACCAAGCAUUGCUACCCGGUCCACUUGUGAGCGAUAUAACGGUCCUCUUUAGUAUACUUAUACACCGUAAGUUGAUAAAACAUCCCCAGAGUUUCCGUUUAGACGGUACUUCCAAAAAGCCCCCUUCCUCGCAGCAAAAAGUGGAUCUCAACUUUUCUUAACCUGGAGCAACCUAAUUUGUGGCAAGACCGGUUUGAUUCAUGGGAGAUAUAAAAACAACAUCGGCAUCAGCUCUUUAACUUGUUUGCAGCAUUGUCGCAAAACAAGUUGCAGGUGUUUUACUGCCUCCGUAGCCUCAUUACUUAACACAGUUCAAGUUUUUAUAAGCUAUUUAAUCAUAUUUUCUGGUUGUUUUUCUUCCAGGACUUGAAGAAAAUUAUUGAAAGAAUUGAGACGGGUAAAAGAAAAUCAAAGAGAAAGCAAAUUGUCAAAUUCAAAGCUGCUCUGAGUCGUGGAAUUAGCUAUCAUCAUGCAGGGCUCGACUUUAAAAGGCGUUCUUGCGUCGAAAUGCUAUUCAGAGAAAAAUAUCUACAGGUCAGUACAUUAAGUGCCAGUGUACUUAUUUAACCAAAUAAAACUCUUGGUUUCACUUGUGAUGAAACAUAAAACAAUCAACCAAUCGGAGGGUCGCAAUGGGGUUGACGUCAGCCGUCGAAAAAGGUUAUUUUUCACCAUCAACCGUCCAAAAUGCAGACUAAUUUAAACAGUCAAAUGUCAGUAUUUCAGCUAAUCUUCACGGACUUCUUGCUCCUGAAGCUGAAUCUCUAAACUAGAAAAACCAGUUCCUAUGUUCUUUAAAACACUCCCUGUAGACGAAACAAGAACUCACUACUUACUUACAACUCGAAAUCAUAAGUGAAAGGCCAAGACAGCCUCCAAAACAUAGCGGAUCGGAGCUUCCCCGCACGAGUCUCCAUUGCUUUAGAUCGAUGCGAGAAAAUUUAGCAAACACCCGUACACCCUGCCCGAACAGAUUAUGGGGGAGAGAGAGGGGAGAUUGUAAAGGAGGGGAAAGGAGUCCCCCUGACAUGCAGCUUGGGUUAGUCUUGACGAAAGUGAGCCAGACUUUCACAAAUAAAUUAAGGCUCUAGGAUCAGUCAAAAUUUUGACUGGUAAAUUAAUUCACUGAAGGCUUUCAGUUUGGCUAGUGUUCAUUUUGUUAAUAUGGCUUAUCAGCACUUGUCCAUUUAAAGCCGGGGACAGUGUCCCGAUUAUGCACACGCGCGAGUGUCAUCUGUUUUUUCUCUAAUAGACAAUAGAACUGUCAUAUUUACGUCACAAGAUUUCCUUCAGGACCGUACCGCCGAUGGAGUUGUUGUUUAUCAUACUCAAGCAGGAACCCAUAACCCGGAGCGAGCAACUCCCAUGCUAAACCUAUGUCACGGCGUUCUUACGGACCAGUUCAUUUUUAGACACAUUUUAAGCUAAUUUUUCUCACGAAAAUAGAAUCUCCACCAUGUCUAUAUCGCAAAGGAAAACUAAACGAUAUUUAGAGGCAAAAAUACCAUUUUUAGGUUUGUGGGUUUGGUUGACUGAUUUGUAGAAUUUAAAAGAUGUUUAGAUUUAGUGCCAAAACCGUUCUAAAAAUUAAACUGGUCUAUGAAAACGCCGUGACACGAGCUCAUGGAAGAUGCUCGCUCCAGGUUAUGGGCUUCAGUUCUCACUCAAGUAAUACUUUAGACUUUCGAAGUCUUCGUCUUAUCAAAAAUUUGGCUCGCGGCACAAAGGCUUCUCGCGAUUUUUUCGAUGCUCGGCCACCUCGCGACCAAAAAACUCGUUCUACUCGCUUUACAGCUUUUCUGCUGUGAAACUCGUGUAAGAGGUCAAUUUGUGGCGAGUCCAAGUCCAGUGACUAUAACUAACUAACUAUCUCUAUAAUUUUUGUCUACCAACGUUAAAAAUGUUGAAUGACCUGUAUCAACAUUGCAUGACAGGAAUGAUGCACUGUUCACCUGAUGAACAGAGCUUACAACGUUUGCGGAACAACAAAUGUUGACCCGUGUACCUGCUACUAGCGUUUAACAGAAAUCUCUUGUUAUUUAUGGUAUAAUUGCACUGCUGUUUCUUCAAUAUAGGUUGUCACUGCAACAGGUACCCUAGCCCUAGGUAUCCAUAUGCCUUGUAAGACGGUUGUGUUGGCUGGAGACUCGCCUUUUUUAAACUCCCUGCAGUACAGACAGGUAGAGACAAUUUUACCCACGAGUGGCGAAGUUUUUGAAAAAAUCCGUGACAAAGUUCUUCUAAAUACCUUUAAGAUGCUUUAAAGCUACCCUUGUCUCACAUCUACUCCAGAGAAUGUACUGUAAGAUAAAGUGGAUUUUCUGCUUAGAAGAUUGAUUUAGGCACACUGCACACAGCUCGAGGGUUCUAAACGUUGAUUUGACCCUUAUCAUCCUGAUCAGCAUAGCUGUUAUUUUUACGCAUGCGAUUGUAAAUAGCGAAUUGCAACUUCUUUGCACUAUCCCAGUGCAAGCUUCUAGCUUAACAAAAGACCUUUUUACAUUCAGCUGGACUUCUGGAGUCCGGCAAGAAAAAGAACACUACGGAGAAAAAUGGAAAGGAACAGAAAGGACGAGGGGAACUGGGAGUAAGGAAGGAGGAGCGAAGAAACAGAAAUGGUCGCCGUCUUAUGUCCCUUUCACAACAACUUAACAUGCUUGAUUAGAAAAAGUUAAAAAAAAUGAGAGAGCAACAGAAAACUAGAACACAGGCCUAUACACAGAAUUCAAAUAAAGUUUAACAUGUUACAUAAUUUCCCUUAACUUAAGCUUCAGUAAAAGUACAGUAAGCAUCUUUUACAAAAACCAAACAGCUUUUUGGAAUAUUUGCCCGUUGUCGUGAAUGAGGCUUAAGUCGUUGUUUCUGCUACAGUAACUUGAUGGAGAUCGUUUUUAACUCCAAAAAAUGGUUGACCAACAGACUUAACCUCAGUAAGGGUUCUCAAAAUCCAGUUAGAUACGUAAACUAAGAGUUGCUUUGCACACAAACUCCUUCCUAGUCAAACCUGUGCCCCAAAUUAUAUUUCACAGAUGUCUGGUAGGGCAGGCCGCAGAGGGUUUGACCCAAUAGGCAACGUAGUGUUUUUUGGAAUUCCUUACCGGAAGGUUCAACGCCUCAUAACGGCUAAUAUACCCUGGCUUAUUGGCAAUUUCCCCAUCAACGUCUCUCUCGUACUGCGCUUGCUCCUGAUGACGUCAAAAGGAGACGACGAGGAAGAUGCUCUAACUAAGGUUAGUGUAAUCCUUACAAAGCGCUGCGAUAUAAAAUAUCUGCAGAUACAAUCUUUUCAUCUGUUUAAUCCAUUCAGGAUUGCCAUUUUUUGGCAAGAGCGAUUGACACCUCAGUUAUUGUUGGUUUUCUUAUCAUGACCUUUCAUAAUAUAUUGCAGUCUAAUUCCAUUAAAAAAAAAAUGCACUUUAUGUGAGUGCCAAUGUAUUUAGCACGAAAGUGCUAACUGGGGACACUAUAUUUUACGUAAUCCGUAAUCCGUUCACCGUUCAUUGCCCCGUACACCUAUUUAUCUAGCAAACAAACACGAAAUUUCUUUUUUAAUUAGUUGUUAUAAGAACUUCGUGUCAUCCAAUUCCGGCAGUCUAUAAUCAUACUCGUGAUUAAAUAAAUCGGACUUCCACUACGCGGUCGUCCGAUUUUGCUCAUCUCUUGUAUGGUUAUAUUUACAGACCGAAUUGGACUCCACUCAGUCCUAUUAGCAUUAUUAAUUAGAUACCGUGAAGAAUGUUGGCUCGUGCACUCUGAUGUGGGUUGUUACAUAUCCUGUAAAAUUAGAAGCAGGAAGCUCAACAUCUCCUUGCACUGAUUCAGGGAGUAAUUUCUCAGUGGCUUGCGCCACAAAGUUUACCACCGCCGGUAUUGUCCGACUAUACAUCCACGUUCUGAGUGACAAUUAAGGCUGCACCGCAAGUUACUAGUUCCAGGGCUCCCUCUUCCUCAUUGUGCCAAUUAGCUGUCUGCCUGAUUCAUUAAACGAAUUCUGCAAAAUGUUGCCAAUAGAUCUAUGUUCAAACAAACUUUUGCGCAUCCUACUAAGUAUUGGAUUUUAUUAAGGUCACAGUAUGUAAGUAAUUUUGUUUCCAGGCACUAGCAUUGCUGUCUCACCCAUUCAUCUGCCAAAAGCAUCCUAACAUGGAGAGUCAGAUCAAGAAACAUUUUCUUUUCAGCGUCGAGCUUCUUGCUAGAUUGGUGAGUGGUCAGACGACUCUCAAUUAUCGAUUCGUAAGUUAUAUUACUUUAAGGAAGAGCGAAAAGGCCACGAUGAGUCAAGAUGAAUAGGACAAGGAAGACUGAGCUAAAUUACGCAAAAGAGAACAUAUUUAAAAGUUUUAUCAAUUAACGGUUGUGCAAGCUCUCAAAUAAUGCAGUCAGCACGAGGCUUGAAUGACGAACGCCCACUAUUUGAGUAAGUUGUCGAACAACAUGCUGCUGCAAGGCCAUAGAGUGGAGAAGUUCCAAAAAUCUUUUGACUAUCGCAGUCACUGAAAAUAACAGUACGAAUGUUGACAUUUCUCACAAAAAUGAUGGGAAAAAAGCCAGUGUUUCACUCCAGUUAGCCUAUGGGCUUUCAACGUGUGAGCGCAAACUUUUAAUGUAUUUAAUAUAGUAAUGUAAUUACUCUCUUACUCAUGGCAGCCGGUAGACGGCAUGUACAACAACUCUUUUGUUCAGCAUAUACAAUGACCUCGUUGAGUUUGCGUCUUUCGUAUUUUUCUAUUUAUUUCCUUUUAGGGUCUCAUAAACAAAGACACAGGAGCGCCACAAGAAAUGGCUGGACUCGCUACCCAUCUUCACUACCAUGAACCUGCCAAUUUUGUUUUCGUCAGCUUUUUACAGCAAGGGCUUUUUCACAAACUUUGUAAGCGCCAAAAAAGAGGUGAGUUCUAAUUCAUUCACUAUUGUUUAUCGUCGAAGAAGUAGACGGUUUAAUAUGCGUUUGACAUUUGCCCACUCUUUGGCAAAUAUUCGUUAAAAAGCGCAGUUGACAUUGAUCGAGUAAUAUGUUUGCAUAUUCCCCGGCGUGUUAUCAUUUUAAUAUAAUUGUUAUUUUGUCUUCGCAUUACCGUGAACUCUUUCUCCAUUUUCUUGCGUUUUGUACUCAUGCCUAAAUAGCUAGGCUGUCGUGUCGCUGUAUGUCUUGCGUAAAGAAAAAAAGUGUAUGAUAAUGGCUCCUGACGUUUCCUACACCCUAGUAAGUGAUCUAGUUACUGUGUAUCUAUUGCAAUUUUUAAGUGAUAAAUGUAACCAAGAUAUCAGUCUGUAUUGCCGGAACCAAAAAAAAGAAAGCGAAGCAAUAAAGUGGUAAUGACAAUUUUGCACGGCGUGCUAUACUUAGCCUGCGAAAAGAUCCGGUUCUCCUCGCUCUUUGCCUCUGAAGACGUUUCGCGCGAAACGUCCCCAGCGGCGAAGAGCGAGGAGAAACGGAUCUUUUCGCAGGCUAUACUAUGCUAAAUAAAAAGUUUACAGAGGUAAUUUACGAAUUAAAGACUUAUCAGUUCAAAAAGCCUAUUCAAGGUUUUAAUUUUACUUCUUGCCUUUUUCUUUCGGCAACAGGAGCAUUUUCCGAAGACGUAAUGAGGACAAUGGUGCUUGUUCUUAACCACUUGUUUGCCAGACGAUUCCUACACGCUAAUUUUGUGCGAACAACUAAAAAGUGCCCUUCUUCGAAAGUAAGCUUCCUUUUCCCUUUACCCAUAUUAAAUCGCUAUUUUUCUCAAGGCAGUACAGAGAAAGAAAUAUUCCCAUUAAAUCGCAUGGUAAAAAAAAAAAUGAAAUCGGUCGAUAAAUUACUGUGACAACGAACCUACUCUUUUGGGGAGACGCCAGGAAGUAAUCGGCUCCUUAGACGCCCAAUGUGGAUGGAUGGCAUUAUAUGUAACUUUUGUGUUCUAUAUCCUUGUCUUAGGUUAUUUUAGAGGAUCUACCAGAAGAUUUCGCCCAGGGUCUUCAACAAUACAAUGAGAAGGUUACCAGUGUCUUCAGUCAGUAUCUUACCGCAGUGGCCGCUGAAGUUGAAAACGAGCGAGGCGAAGAAAACAAACUUCCAUUGUCUGGAAUUGGUAAGCAUUACAAAACAUUUCUUCGUACUAAGGAAAAUGCAAAAUUUUGUCAGAUAUUCACUUAUGGAGAUCUCACAUGACGUAGAACCAUCGCAUACCCAGCGCCACUUGCGGAAUAUUUAGCCUCCUGUUUUACCUGAUUUCGAAUCGUCGUCGAAUACUUUAAUUUCCUUUUCUCGACGAACCAACUUCAAGGUUAGGCUGUCUCAAAUGUCUAUGUUACUAGGCGGCCAAAGAAAUCUCAAAAAGUCACUCAAAUCAGUAUUUUACCUCAUCGGUCGAAAGUCAUUUUGAAUGUAUGGGUGAAUGUUUCAGUGCUUCAUCAGGCAAAUUCACAAAGACUAAGUAACUUUUCAGUUUCAUAAUGUGCUCUUCAUCCCACCGUAAUAAUUGCGGCCUCAUUAACCCUCAAUAACUCUUUAGAAGUUCAUUCGAUUGUUGCUCGUGUUAGUAGGUCCAUCAUCCUUUUUAAGGCCUGUACUCACUUUCACAUUGAAACUUCUAGAUGCUAGUAGUUACAGAAAUCUAGCAGGCUGCUCACGCCGCCGACCAAAUAAAGGAAAAAUGACAGAUGUUGUUGUUUUAAAGUUUAAAGUAACAGGUUUCUUAACGGGCAUUGCGGGAUAAAUAGAUAAAUUUUAUCGUCUAAAUUCUGUUGACGGAAUAAUUUUGUCACCGAUCGAUUUAAGGAAAGCUGCUCUCAGCUGAUAAAACGUAACUUUGAAAGAACUAACCACUAAAUUAAACACGCUUGCUCGUUCUACCCGUAGUGUUCUCAAGGAGUGGAACACAAGGAAGGGAGUAGGCUGCAUACGCCUUCUUUGCUAGACUUGACCACAACGACUUUUCAGCUACUACCAACUGUUUCUAAUAAGUUUUAGCGUACUGGAAAGGAAAAGCCUUGUUAUGUAAGGUGUUCCAAAGGGGCAAUAUUCCAAUUGUGUUCCACUGACAUGUCGUUAUAUACCCUUUUCUGUUGCAGAAUUUCCCACCCAGUCAAGCAUAAAGGGUGUCGCAGAACAGAGUUCUGGUACCAUUCAGAACCUUGCUCGUCUGUCUGUACCAUACUCUGCUUGUUCUUCAUUCGCCGCCUUAUCAGGAAAUUCAGAUUUAGAGAUGAGCUCUGACGGUCAGGAAGUUACAGCAGCUGCGGCUGCAAUCGGUCAGGAAAGAAACGAAAACAGUGAUGGUAGAUUUUAUUUCAUGUUUCUUGUUCACUCUGUUACGGAUUUUUAUCAGUAAUAUAGGUAAAUUCCAGUUUAUUGUAGUGCCUCUAUUUUUUGCUUUUUUUUAAUCGUUGGAUGUACUGCAAUUCCUAGUUUCACACACACAACAUCGCUUUUUUGCAGCAGUGUUGCAAAAGAAGUUGUAUGUUUUUUGUUGCCCGUUUUUCCGUACCUUAACUGAAUUUUGUAUUGUCUCGAAAGGUGAGAGCGGAGGGAGUUUGAGAAGGAAGAAAAAAAAGAAAGGAAAACAGAAGAAAAUUCACGACACUGUAGUAGGUCGCCGACAGCCAAUUGACGAUUUGUUACAGGUGAAAACUAAUUUUUGCUGUUGAACAGUUCGCUAGAAUUCUUAUGUUCAUCCACUGGAAGUUAACAAAAUGACGGCAUACAUUACACGCAGUAAACAAAACUGAUUACAAGAAACAAAAAGAGGAGCAAUCCAUCGAGCACCGUCUUUAAUUUUGUAGCAUGAAAGCAAGGCUUCACAUACGACUUGAUGCAAGGAAACUAUACGGUCUCACACUGACAGAACUACACUCUGACCAAUGAACUUUAUGGACGGUAAUGCUGUUGUAACAUUUCUCUCAGAUUAUUCGUCAGGGUGUUUACACAGACAUGAAUGUGGUGCCCAUUCUUCCGCCGAAGAAGUAUGAUUCGUCAGGACGGGUUUGUCGUCUGAAUUCUUUUGCUUUAGAUUUUUACAAGCAUGGGUCCAGUGAAGCCAUUGUGAAAGAAAAUGGGUGAGUAUUUAGACUCGGUUAUCAGCCACUGUUCAAGAGAAUGAGACCGAACUCAUACCGAACUUUCUUAGACUUCUUCGGGCUUAGUCAUGCGCUCCUUCUCCAGGACACGUGACGAAGCUCUAAGAACAUCCAGGCUGAAGGCGAGGGAGACGGUUGAAAUCGAACCAAGUGACGAUCGACAGUAUUUUGAAAAUUUUGUUUUGGCCCCUGAUUUCUAGCCUGGUACUUAAAGAACACUUUUCACAGUCCCUCGAUUUUCUUUAACUCGAACAGUGGAAAGAGGCCAAUGAACGUACAUUCAACAAAUGAAACAAGGAGAAAAUAGAGGAUUUUAAACAGCACCUCAAUUCGGUAGCCUUAAAAAAACAGCCGACCUUUUGCGACGCUGCCACUGGUUUCCCCGCGUUGUCAUGACUUCAUUUCGCGAAGAAAUUGGUGUUGGCGUCGGGAAAAGUCGCCUGUUUUCUCAGGCUACCGAAUGAACAUCCUGUUGUGGUAUUUUAAUAUCCACACGGUCGUGAGGGAAUCCCCGUAAUAAUGUGACAUUCGAGCCACAGGUGGCUUAAGUGUAACAUUAGACAUUCACUUAACCAAUUAAAAAGUGCAAAGAAUGAUACUGUUUUUCUGACCUAAUAGUAUGACUUUUAGGCUUAAUGAUGUUGUCGUUCAAGGAUUAUCGGAAGGAAAAAUGUCAAAGUCAGGAAAGUCCUAAGAAUGAACAUUUCACCCUGCAACUGAGAUGCAAGGUAGUCAUCUUAAACAGGUUUCACUUAUACUGUAACAUGUUUAAUUAUUUGCUAUUACGUUGUAGAGUCAAAGCAGGCGAGGUCUUCGUUGUACUAAAGGACUUCUGUCUUACAAUUAAAUCAAUCAGGUGCGUUUCCUUGAUUUAGAUUGCCCCCUUGCUUAAUUUUGUAUUUUGGAAGGGAAGCACGGGAGACAAUGCGUGCAGAGCACAUCAUCACAGAGUCAUCAAUUAGAAGUAGUGCAUUAGUUUCAAACAAGUGAUGAUGUCCAGAGUGGUGAACUCAGGGACUGAAUAGUGAUGAAUUUGAUGACUACAAUCAGAAAUGCAAUUGAGACAAUUUUGCUUAAAUUGAUGAUGGGUAGUACCGAGCUUGCCUCACGAUAACAAAGGUGACCUCUCCCUCACCCCCCAAGUUUGAGUCGACGCUUUCUUCUCACCUUAUCUAUGAAUCGCCUCGCCCCAGGGAAUCUAAGACGUUCUUGUAUUCUGGAUUCCACGCCGCAGAUUCCAGGUACUGUAUUCCAGUCUUUGAUAGUGGAACUUGGAUUCUGGAUUCCAAUCGUUACUGGGAUUCCGGACUCCUUGAACUGUUUUCCGGAUUCCACAAACAAAAUUUCCCUGGACUCCAGAUUCCAGAAAUCCCUUACAUUGGGCGAAACUUCUACUCUCUGCGCCAUUCUUGGCCGAAACAUUUUGACUGAACGUGGUUCACUGUGGUCAAGUAAGGACACAUCGGAGGACAUGCCUAUGAAACAAGUAACCCGAAACGAAAAUCCAGUAUCUUCUUUCCUGUUGACCUAUAUGCAUUGCAUGGGUGCUUUGGCGGUUUAAUAGCGAGUUACAGCUAGACAGGUCCGCCAAAAAGGAUAGAAAGAAAGAAAAAUGUGAGACUCUCUUGGGGGGGAGUGGAUGUGGUACGUAUUUCCCGCAUAGUCUGAAUUUCAAAACCCGUAGUUACGCGUACAAUGUAUUGAAGAAGAAGAAGAAGCCAUGUAUUCUUUGUCGCUGUCGCAGUUUUAACUCAUCUUUGUGUCGUUUGUCGCCAUUUCAGCUGUCCUUUGUCGCUGUUUCAUGGCCAUGCCACUUGUCGGCCUCAGUGUUCUGUGCUUGCGCUUUUUUUACAUAUCAUCGUUUGAGAUGGAUUAAACUUACAAAACUUUUUUAAUUUCAAAAAUCAGUUUUCAAAUAAAUGUUCUGUUUUUCAGUUGUUCACUUCAGGAGUGGGGACCUCGAAACGACGAUGUGGUGCUUGCCUUUCAACAGCUAGCUCAAAAGUUUGGAGAGAAGUUCAAAAAAGAGUUUGGUAAAGAGAUUUGAACAGAUUAUUAAACUAUGAAAAAUUAAGGAAAUCAAACGAAUCCAAAAUCAUAAUUCACAAUACGAACUGUUUUCAGAACGUUCGUAAAACAGGAGAAGCCUUUAAUACAUAAAUACUGAAAGAGAGGUGCAAUUUCAAAGCGAAAGGCGAAAAAUAUUUUGUGAUAAAUUCCAAGCGGAACUUCAAUUAUACUUCUUCGCAGCCGUUCUUUGUGUUCGGUGCAAAUAGAGGCUGCAAGGGACACAAGCUCAUCGGGUUUCACAAUUAACGUAUUACCCAAAGAAAGUAAAAGAUAAUAUAACGAAAAAUUUCUUUACGUUGCCGGAUAAUUUUGGAACAUAGAUCUUUCAGUGAAAUACGUUUAUGACAACGGCAUCGUAAUUUAUUUAUUCUAUAAUUUGCACCUUUUCCUCAAAGAGGACGUGUUACGAGUAAUAAAUCAAUGGCGUUUUGAUCGAAAGAAUCAGUAAGAAUUUAUUUAAAAGAAACCGUGUCGAAAAGCGAAAAAAGAAAAAAAAAACUUCACUGACCGGCAUUUUGUUGUCAAGACGACAACAGAGCCAGCUUUUCUUAUUGAUCAGUGCGCAGAAGUAGAUUCAUGGUAGCACACAUUUUUUCGUUCUUCGUCCUUUUCAGCGUAAGACAAAUGGCAUUUGAAGAGGUACUAUCAAUUUGCUUUUUUGUGAGACGCAAAUUGUUAUAAAGUUGCUUUUAACAUAGGCU